CAUCCCAAGUCAUCACUUUUAGAGAGUUGUAAACAACUGCUCACUUUUUCAUAAAUAUACAAUUCUGCGAAAAAAUAAACAAAUAAACCAUGUCUGAUGAAUACGCCUGUGUUGCCAAGGGAAAGCUCAAACUGAAAAAUGAUUCGGAUAUGAAGAAAAAGAAGAAGAAGCAUAAGAGCAAGGACAAGGAGAAGGAAAUGGAACGGGCGUACUUGGAGCAAAUAUCCGAGGCAAGUGGCGCAGGAACAAGCGGAACCUACGAGCGAAAACUUACUAAGGCAGAGUUGGCCAUUAAGAAGCAACAGGAGAAGAUGCGAAACAAACGAAUUAUGGACAAGGCUCAGACCACUCAUAAGGAGCGUGUGGAGAAGUUCAAUGAACACUUGGACACGCUGACCGAGCACUUUGACAUCCCCAAGGUGUCCUGGACGAAGUAAAACGACAAAUGUUGUAACUUAAAGAUUACCUUUAUUAUUAGGUUAAGUAAUUUCGACUAUGUGGGGUGAUGAUGUGAGGGGGAUGCCAAAAUAAACAAUCCGAAUGGCACAACUAAGCUAAAUACACAGACAAAUGUUACAUCGUAAA